CACAAGGAGAACACGUCUGGAUUCCUUGGAUUAUGGGUUGCUUUUGCACAAUGCUUUAUUAUAGCACAUGCAUUAAACAGGAGGAUGCAUGAGGAGGUCCUAUGGAAAUAUUAGUUAUAUAACAUUGCAAUCGUUGUGUAAGGGAAUCCCCCAAGAAGACAGUGUGCAAGGAACUGGCUGAAAAGUAGCAGGUGCCUCAGGACCACAGACCUUCCACACAACAUGCUUUUGCAAACUUGAAUCCUACCUUAUUGAGAUUCCAUUUGGCAAAGCCAAAGGAGGUGACAUUGCAGAGAUGUCAGAGCCAGAGCUGGACUUCUCCAAAGUGGAAAGUUUCUUGGACAGCCAUCCAGAUCUUUUUGAGGAUUAUCUCAUUAGGAAAGGGAAGCACUCCUCGGUGGAGAAGUGGCUGAAGAGGAACCAGAUGUCUAAAAUCUCUUCUAACUCUAGUACUGAUGAUAAGAGUAAGGAGUGUUGGGGUAACAGAGGCGAUGGGUUGCAGAGGAGAGCAUCUCAGAAGGAGCUGAGAAAAAGUUUUGCACGUUCUAAGGCCAUUAAUGUCAAUAGGACCUAUGAUGAGCAUGUCAACUCCAGAGCCCAAGAACCCUUGACCAGCAUGAGGAGAAGAGCCUUGCUCAGGAAGGCCAGCUCCUUACCCCCCACCACUGCUCAUAUCCUCAGUGCUCUGCUGGAGUCCAGGGUCAACAUCCCCCAAUAUCCAUCCACUGCCAUUGACUAUAAGUACUACCUGAAAGAGCACAAUGAGAGGGAGUUCUUCCUGGAAUUAGUGAAGGAUAUAUCUAAUGAGCUUAACCUCGCCAGUCUUUGCUACAAGAUCUUGAUCUUUGUGUGCAUCAUGGUGGAUGCUGACAGAUGUUCGCUCUUCUUGGUUGAAGGUUCAGCCACCAAAAAGAGUUUGGUGUCCAAAUUCUUUGAUGUGCAUGCAGGUACCACUCUAUUGCCUUCCUGCAGAACAGACAACUUCAACGAGGUGCAGGUGCCCUGGGGAAAAGGUAUCAUAGGCUAUGUGGCAGAACAUGGAGAAACAGUCAAUAUCCCAGAUGCUUACCAGGACAGAAGAUUCAGUGAUGAAAUAGACAAACUCACUGGAUAUAAGACCAAGUCUCUGCUAUGUAUGCCGAUACAGAACAGCGAUGGGGAAAUUAUUGGGGUCGCACAAGCCAUAAACAAGACCCCUGGAGGAGCACCGUUUACUGAGGAUGACGAAAAGGUUAUGCAGAUGUACCUCCCAUUCUGUGGUAUUGCCAUAUCCAAUGCACAACUAUUUUCUGCCUCAAGAAAAGAGUAUGACAGGAGUAGGGCUUUGCUGGAGGUGGUGAAUGACCUGUUUGAGGAACAAACAGACCUGGAGAAAGUUGUCAAGAAAAUUAUGCAUCGGGCUCAGACGUUGCUGAAGUGUGAGCGCUGCUCUGUGCUGCUUCUGGAGGACAUUGAGUCACCAGUGGUGAAAUUUACCAAAUCAUUUGAACUGCUUUCUCCUAAAUGUAGUGCGGAUGCUGAGAGCAGUUUUAAAGACAGCUUGGAGAAAUCCUCAUAUUCCGACUGGUUAAUAAAUAACAGCAUAGCUGAGUUAGUUGCUUCCACGGGUCUUCCAGUUAACAUAAGCGAUGCCUAUCAAGACCCUCGCUUUGAUGCAGAGGCUGACCAGUUCUCCGGGUUUCAUAUCAGAUCUGUGCUGUGUGUUCCCAUAUGGAAUAGUAAUCAUCAGAUAAUUGGUGUAGCACAAGUAUUGAACAGACUGGAUGGAAAGCCUUUUGAUGAUGCUGAUCAAAGACUGUUUGAGGCUUUUGUUAUAUUUUGUGGGCUUGGAAUUAACAACACCAUAAUGUACGAUCAAGUAAAGAAGUCGUGGGCAAAGCAGUCAGUGGCUCUUGAUGUUCUUUCUUAUCAUGCAACAUGUUCAAAAGCUGAAGUUGAUAAAUUUAAGGCAGCCAACAUCCCUUUGGUGUCAGAACUUUCUAUCGAUGACAUCCAUUUUGAUGACUUCUCCUUGGACGUCGAUGAGAUGAUUACGGCAGCGCUGAGAAUGUUUAUGGAACUGGGGAUGGUCCAGAAGUUUAAAAUUGAUUAUGAGACCUUGUGCAGGUGGCUUCUGACAGUAAGGAAGAAUUAUCGAAUGGUUCUCUAUCACAAUUGGCGGCAUGCCUUCAACGUGUGCCAGCUGAUGUUUGCCAUGUUAACUACGGCGGGAUUCCAGGAAAUUUUGACCGAAACAGAGAUCCUGGCCGUGCUCGUGGGGUGCCUGUGUCAUGAUCUUGACCACAGAGGAACCAAUAAUGCCUUCCAGGCCAAAAGUGGCUCGGCCCUGUCUCAGCUCUACGGAACGUCGGCCACCUUGGAGCAUCAUCACUUUAACCACGCUGUCAUGAUUCUUCAGAGCGAGGGGCACAACAUAUUUGCCAACUUGUCCUCCCAGCAGUACAGCGACCUCAUGCAGCUUCUGAAGCAGUCUAUUCUCGCCACGGACAUCACACUUCAUUUCGAGAGACGAAAUGAGUUUUUCGAACUGGUCAGUAAAGGGGAAUACAACUGGAAUGUUAAAAACCACAGAAUCAUAUUCAGAUCAAUGCUGAUGACAGCAUGUGACCUUGGAGCUGCAACCAAACCAUGGGAGACCUCAAGACAGGUGGCCGAAUUAGUGACCAGUGAAUUCUUUGAGCAAGGAGACCGAGAACGAUCAGAGCUCAAACUGACCCCUUCAGCUAUUUUCGACCGUAACAGAAAAGACGAGCUUCCUAGGUUGCAAUUAGAAUGGAUUGACAAUAUUUGUUUGCCUUUGUAUGAGACUCUUGUAAAAAUGAAUGGAAAACUGAAGCCUAUGCUGGAUUCCGUAAUCACAAAUCGUUCCAAAUGGGAGGAACUGCACCAGAACAGACUGGUGUCACAGGGAAACACCUCAUCCCCCACCACCACCACCUUCCCCACUCCUGCUUCCUCACCUCAGCCAGUGGUAGAGGGUCUCCUGAAGACUUAAACCUGCAAGAGAACCACUGCUACAUGUGAGAGUUACAUUAAAAGGCUGUCAUAAGCUUAGCUGUUUAAUUAAGUUACUGCAGCCAUGCUUUUAUAGCUGGAGAGCUAAUGCAAUGGUCAUGACUUGGCUUCUGCCUUGAAGCUCAGUGGAUUGAAGACAGAAGGGACUGUGGUAAUAGUGAAGCGAUAUACUGAGGAGCCUCUUGGAAAUCUUGUUUUUUGAGACCACAAAUGGCACUCAUUCAAGCUUUGCAAAAAUUGAGCUGUUGCUGCAUUGUGGAUGGGACACCGGUAGACUUCAACCUAAGUUUAAUCCAUGCAGCGCAGUGACUCCAAUGCACAACGUACUCAUCCAUCACUAAGCUAAAGCAGACAAUGAAUAUUGUAUAUUUUUUUGUAUGCACCUCCCAUAAUUACACAGUGCCUGCCUGAUGUGUUUUCUUUUUACUUUGCACUUGCAUUAUUUUAGAAACAUGCUUCUCGUAGGUCCACAAUGCUAAUUUUAUGCUCCUCAAAAAAUGAAUGGGAAACUCCGAUGGCAGCUUAUUUCCACAUUGCCCAAAGACGAAACAAACUAUGCAGAUAAAUUCUAUUAUUUCAAACAAAUUAGCUAUUUUUUAUUUGCUUUAUUUUAUGAUUGUGCUAAAAAAAUGUUUAACUAUAAAGUAGAAUUAUAUGACAAUUUCAGCCCAUGUACAAUAUGAUUUUAAAGUCAUGUAUUUUCAGUCUUCUAAUCUGUUAGACUACGUUCAGUCGCGACUGUUACUUGUCAGCUUUACAGAUGAUAAUGGGUCAGAGUAGCUUCAAACAAAACUUUGUCUACCUCCUUUUCAUUGUUGGCUAUGCUUUUUUUUUAAACUUUAGUUUAAAAUCGGUGUUGCCCUGUCAGUAGUAGGUUAAGCAUCACACCAAUAUAUGGCCAUAAAUCAGCGAACCCAACAUAGCAUAGGUCAGAGUGGUCAAACACAUUAAGGUCUACAGUAGGUAACACCGGCCACCCUUCAUUACCAAUACAUUGAUUGAUUCAGUAGCCGCAGUUGUGUCUAUUUCAAGUUGGAAAUUCAUGUAAUUCCAUUCAAUGGUAAAGCACAGAAUCUCAUAAAAACCAACCCUAUAAUUUAUUCUAAAAUACUUUUAUCGUAGCCCUACCUUCAACCAACCCUUACCAAAGAAGACUUUGUAGUAACAUAUUUUAUCCUAGUAAAAUGCAUUAUAUUUAUAGCCAAGUAUUUUAGAUAUAGGAAGGGUUGAACCCUUAUGUUUAAGGGUGAAAUUCUAAAUUGAAAAUGGCCUUGUUGGGUAAGGCAAACCAUGAACAUAUUCUCCACUGUAUCCAAUCUAUCCAUUUUGAAUAGGGCUGACCUAAAAUAUCAGACUGUUUCUGAAAGAUAUAGCAGGCCCUUUUUCCUAAUCUUAGACAACCCCUUUAAGUAAGUGGGCCAUUAGAUGCAGUGUGUACAGGAAUUUUUGGUACAAAGGUUAUUUUUCAAUACGUUGCCUGGAUGGUUCUAAUUGCAGCAAGUCCCAAAGUGAAGUGGAUCCUUAUUCCACCAGCUUUCAGCAAGCACACACUAGCUUCGUUAGGCUUUUCUUACAAUUAACAUCCUGUGAGAUUAUAGAGAAAACGCGCACAUAGUGAAGCACUGCAACAACCAGCCGCUUUUCCUCUCGAUGUUAUACUCAGAAGCGUGUAAGCAGAAUAUGCGCCUCAAAAGAAAGCCAACCUGUAGGUCCUCUGCACAGUUGUUCUUGUUGUGCCUCCUACAGGUGAUUAGAUAUUGCUCCCAUAGUGAAACUCUGUAUUUUUAAAAUCAUAAAUAUGGUUUAUUAUACUAUAAUAAAAUGCGCAUUGAUAAAAUCAACACAGAUCAAUAGUCCUGCCCGACCCGGGUUUCGCUCCAAAUGGCUUCGUCGGGGGCGUGGCUUCCAAGUAUUCCCACAAUUCUUAAAUCCCCACAUUCACUCCACCCACUAUUCUCAAUACUUUAAUAGAAACUCCUACUCCAUUUCCUUCGAUACAAUCGGAUGCAUCUUAAUUCUUUAGGAUAAAAGGGAUCGGGGUAUUCAAAUUUAAAUAAAAAAAAAAAAUAUAGGAAUUUUUGGGACUUCUGCACUACUGAUAAUAAGAAUGGUGAAAAAGAAAAAAGAAAUAAAAGUUUCUGUUUUGGGUCGUGGACAGAACCUGCCCACUGCUGUGUUCUCCAACCUCAAAUGUUAACAAAAUCAAUAGAUUCUGCCCACCUAUUGAUUAUUGGUACUAUGGAAUCAAUGGCCAUUUCAGGCUUUCCUCUUUAGGAGAACCUGAUCUGAUCGAUUUUAAACACGAUAUAACUUUUUUACUUCCCCCCUUGUUAGAUGAAGCACAACAACCAUGGGCUAGGACAGAAUCCGAAAAAAGAAUAAAGUUAACCUAGAUUGCUCAUAAUCAUGUUAAUACUUCAACAAUCCCAUGAGUUUGUAAUGAUGUAUAUACAAUGCUCUUGAUAAAGAUACAUUGGUAGCUAGGAUUGUUAGGGAAUUCCACCAGUGUCUGGCCACUGUUACCCUUAUUGAUUGCUAGAAUAAAGCCCCAUACCACCUAGUCCUCCUGUAGGCUUCUCUUGGCUUUCUACAGGUAGCCUAAUGUGUUGCUAUUAAAAUCAAUGGCUAUACAUGCAGCUGCCCUACAAAAUGGCAAGUGAGGGCUCCAGGUGACUAGAUAGCACAGUUUUUUCUUUAUUUUAACAAUCAGUGGGUGUGAUAGAAGCCAGACCCCUGCCUGUCAGACAAUGAUGGCAUAUUGAGCCAAUCCCAAUCACCUUGCACGUCUAGUGAUGCACAAGCGACAACACUUAUUAAAGGGAAUCGUUCACCAGGAAAUACAUGCAUUGAUUACGGGACAGUAUGUUGGAUCCAACUCCACUAGAAAGAGAGUUAGGACUUAGAAGAGGUAUAAACAACGUACCUAGACUGUGCCCCUGUAGGACCAGUUAAAUCAUUUAAGAUGCUCUUUUUCUUUCAUUCUGUGUCGCAUUAUUUUCGCAGUUGAGGAGCACUGGAUGCAACACAUUAAUCAAUAUGGCAUGGUUCUUGUAUGUCUUGAUUCUGUUUUUUAUACUAUGUAAAUAUGUUUAUACAUAAAACAUAUAUAUUAGCAUUACGCAUUUUUAUGAAUGUGUCUCUACACUGUUGUCAUACACAAUAUUAUUAUUACCCAUAGGUUAUCACAAGAAACACUGGUCAAACAACGGAUCAAACUGCCAGUGUCUCUUACUGCCCAGUGCCACCUCUUGUUUAUUUCUAUUGUUGGGUGAAAUUCUUUUACUUUGUUACUGUUGUGCACAGUACUGUAUAUUGUAUAAGUUACAAUGUGUCACCAUGGAGUAUUUAGAUUCCGAGAGAAAUGUAUGACAUUCAUAUUUGUUUCAAGGUGUGACCGCCAAAUGCCCGCUGUCUGCAUAGUUUUACCACUUUAUAUAUAGGCUCAUCUGCUACCCUAUUAUUGUGAUCUCUGGAUCUUGCACUGAGAUUUUGACAACUAGAAAAAAAAAUGACUGAAGAAACUAGCCCAUGACAUACAGCAGAAGACAAAGAGAAGGUUGUCAAGCUUACCAUUCAGCUCAGGUACACAUGCGUGUGUGUGAAAAGGAAUCUUAUGUCUGCCAUUUUUUAACAUUAGAAACACUAGAGAUAUGUUCCUAUUUACAAUCUGCACUAUUUGUAUGGACAUUCAUGAGGUAGUUCCUAAUAAAGCCACUUUUAGCAAUCACAAGAGGUUUUCAACUGCAGCCAGCAGUGCCUACUAGGUUAGAAAAUCAGUUUAUAGAGUUGUGUGAUUUGAGUCACCUUUCAUUUCAAGUUUGGAAUUUACUUUUUCUAAAAUUGGUACCUUUUGGUCAGGCUCCUCUAAGUUGUAUGUGUAUAUGUGACGGCAGUCAUUUUAUUGCGCUAGACAUAAAAGUGAUUUGUGUGCCUUAGUGUUGUUAUUGAAUGAGCAAGCUUCAUGAUAUGAGAACUCAUCAUGCAUAGCAUAUAACCACAGACAAGUCUAUGUCUUCCCUUAGAUAGCCCCAACAAACUGACUGUCUCCCACUGUCCCUCAACAGAGUCCUUUCCAGGCUGUUUAGAACCCUGUCCACCCCAGCGUCCAUGAUGGUUUUCUUUACCUUUGUCCCUCUCCUCCACAGAGCCCUGACACUGUGUCCCCCUUUCCUCUCCCCACAGAGAUCUUCCACCUAUUGUCCCCCCUCUCUUCUGUCUGUUUUUUGUCCAAUUCUUUCCAUCCCUCCAUUGUAUUUUUAAAUUCCUCUAACCCCUGGUGCCCCUCUUAUACCUGCCAAUUUCUGUGACCCCAACCAAAUUAUCCUCCAAAGAAGGCCUGCUGCACCCUCAGAGCCCCUUCCAAUGUGUGUCCCCUUGUCUAACUGCAGACAAGGCUAUAGGUUAUCUGUUUUAAAGGGAUUCUGCAAGAAUAAAGAAGUGGGGUUGGCAAACUUCCCCUUUCCCCCACUUGGUCAAACCUGUAAAGGGAAGUUUAGUUACCUGCUUCCCAGGUCUGGCUCCAUACUCCUUCUCUUUCCAGCCUGCGAUACUUCACUAGGCUCCCUCACUGAAGACAUUAGGUCUGACGCUACCUGCAACCAGUCACUGGUCACAGCGGUGACCAGAUCCUUUUGCAUCAUGGAACAAUUUGUUAUGACAUAAGGGUAUCCGGUCACCAGCAUGGCCACUGAUUGGCUGCAGGCAACAUCAAAAAGGAUGUUUUCAAUGAGGGAGCCCAGUGGAGAAUCGCAAGUCGGGAGGAGGAGGCCAGCGACGGGAAGCAGGUAAGUAAGCUUCUCUUUACAGCUCCGGCCAAGGAAGAGGGGGUUGCAAAUGAUAGAAUAUUCAAGUGCUUCCUUUUAUGAAUACAAUAUUACAGGGGAUGAAAACAGGGGUAAGGGGGUUGUAAACAGAAAUGUGUCCAUUUCACUGUCUCUGCAUUGUGUAUAGGCUAUAAGUGAAGCAGCUUUUUCUUCCUCAUUCCCAGCAAAGAGUCACAGCAUAAUCAGCUGCUCAUAACUAAACUCUUCCCUGCUAAGCUGAUGAAUCUCCCUUCAUGUCAGUCAAAGCCUACCAUGCUAAGUAAGUCAGGUAUCACAAUGUGAGGUUUCCAAUCAUAAAAAAUGCUAUCUAAACUAUAAAAAAAACUGAUUUCUAUUUUAUUUUCUUUGCAAUCCCAUUAAAUAAACUUUCUCCUCAUAUCAAUAUUCAAUUGAUGUUUUCCUUAGCUUAUAAUUAUACUACAUCUUAAAAACAGAAAAAGAGUGUGAGGAACAUAUUCAAUGGCCUUCAACAAAGUUGCUGUUCCUGUCCAAAAUCAUAACAUAAUUUACUAAUAUCCUAAAAAAAGAUGAUCAUUAAAAUUUGGUGACACCUCCUAUAUCUAGUCUUGUCAAGUAACCUUCCACACCAGGCAUCAUUCUUAAAAACAUAUGUUUAAAAAAACAUAUAGAAAACAUAUGGCCAGUGCUCAAAUUGGUUAUCUCUGCUGUGUAUGCACACUCGUUACUUUUAUGAUUUCACUAAUAUUAGGAGUGUAUGUUGAAAUAUUCUGUAGAAAUAGCAACAAGAACAGGAUUAGUGAGAACUUCAUUGCAAUCAGCUACAGUACGUUUGCUAUGGGUACUCAAUGUUCACAGGUUAGUAGUGUCGCACUGGAAUGUGACGGUACUCCUUAUGUGAAUGCAGCUUGAGUUCUGUUUUUGCAGGUUCAUUUGGUUUAUUAAGACCCUUCAAGUCCGAGUUCGAAUGUAUGUUCUAUUCUGCAUGUUGAACAUUGCAAGUUCUAGUUCGAUAGUUAUAUCGUUGUACACCUUGAUUAUGAUUAUACACGUGUAUGCACUUCUAUUCUGCACACACGCACACAUAAAAUGCAUAUCUCAUCGCUAUCUAACAUGCACCUUCUCUUCCCAACAUAAUCUAACUUGUGGUCACGGUAUAUAUUACAAUCUUUGGCUAUUAUUGUGCCACUAAGUUUGUAUCUUUUUUAAAUUUUCCACCUCUAUUUAUGUUAUAUUGUACUUUGUUGAAUUCUGUCUUGUUUUUUAACAGCAUGUUUUGAAGAUGACAUUUAUGGCUCGGUUUUUUGUUAUUUUUCUCAUGGAAAUAAUAAAAAAAAAUCACUUUAUUUCACUUGGUCUUAUAAUUAUAC